AUGCCUCUCAUCCUAAUCUCAGGUUUCCCUUCUGCGGGCAAAACCACCAGAGCCCGACAACUUCAGCAUUUCUUCGAGUCCAAGAUUGCCAGUGCUCCUCCUGAUGCCCGCACGUCCCGCCUGAAGGUGCAUCUUAUCAACGACCAGACCCUCGGCGUCCCGCGCUCCGUCUACCGUACGGCCAGAGCCGAAAAGGAUGCACGUGCGGAAGAAUAUUCUGCCGUCAAGAGAGUCUUGUCACGGGAUGACAUCGUUAUCGCAGAUGGCCUGAACUACAUCAAGGGCUUUCGCUACCAGUUGUACUGCGAGGCCAAAGCCCUGCAGACCCCCAGCUGCGUCCUGCACGUAGGUACGCCGCCCGACCGAUGUCGCGAGAACAACAAGAAACUCUUGGCCGACAACGAGACCGACGGCGGAUACGAAGAGGAUGUCUUUGAGAACCUCAUCUUCCGAUAUGAAGAGCCCAAUGGCAUGACGCGCUGGGACAGUCCAUUGUUCAUUGUGGUCGAGGAAGACGAGACGCCGCCAUGCGACCAGAUAUGGGAAGCCAUGAUUGGCAGUGACGGCAAGAUGAAGACUGUCAGGCCCAACAUGGCGACAGUGCUGAAACCAGCGACCGAACAAAACUACCUCUACGAACUUGACAAGACAACGUCGGACAUUCUCACGCAGAUAAUGGUCUACCAGAAAGAUCACGCCGGUGAAGGAGGCGGACAAAUAGCCGUAGCAGAUGUCGAGAAGCCCAUUGAACUGCCUGCAACGCCAAUGACUCUACCACAACUUCAGCGCAUACGACGCCAGUUCAUCACCCUCAACCGACAACACAGCUUUUCCAAGGCGAGGAUAAAGGAGGUUUUUGUCGACUACUUGAACGCCGAGUUUCUGCGCUAGGAUGGUUGUAGUCAUCUGUGCAUGUGCAGGGACAAGAGUCGUUUUCUAGGGCUGCCUUAUUCAAACAAUCCUAAGAACUACAGACGCGCCCCGAUGUCGGAACUUAUUUCCCCAUUAGAAUAAAAAUUAUUGCCUGAUA